AUGACGAAGAAAGAAAAGAAACCCAAAGGUAAAAGAGCCAAAACAUUCGAUUUAUUGGAAAUAACUGAAUCCUUGGGGUAUCAAAUCCAUAGGAAAAAUGGUAGAAAUUCGUGGUCUAAAGAGGAAGAUGAAGAGUUACGAGUAUUAAUUAGUAAUGCAUUAAAAGAAUUGGGAUACCCUGCGGGCAUCGAAUCAGUAAAGACGAUCCAGGAAUCUGUUGAAGUGAGUAAGAGAGUUCCAUGGGAAGUACUGGCUCAGAAAUUUAAAAAUGAAUUACGAACAGCUAAGGAUUUGAAGAAAAGAUGGACAGGUUCAUUAGACCCUAAUUUGAAAAAAGGUAGAUGGACAAAAGAAGAAGAUGAACAAUUGAUACGAUCAUAUGAAAAGUUUGGAGCACAUUGGUUAAGUGUCUCUUUAGAGAUAGAUGGAAGAACAGAGGAUCAAUGUGCAAAAAGAUAUAUUGAAGUGUUAGGUCCUGGAAGUAAAGGAAGAUUAAGAGCUUGGAGUUUAGAGGAAGAUUUAGCACUUAUUAGUAAAGUGAAAGCUUAUGGUACCAAAUGGAGAAAGAUAUCAUCUGAGAUGGAAUUUAGACCCUCUUUAACUUGUAGAAAUAGAUGGAGAAAGAUCAUUACAAUGGUGGUUCGAGAUCAAGCUAAUGAAGAGAUUACAAAAGCAGUAAAAGAAAAUAAAAAUUUAGAUCUUUCUCAAAUCUCGAGAGAAACUAAUUCUGAUAAAAUGAAAGAUUUAAUUAAGUCUUCAAAUAAAAAUAAUCAUGGUUCAAAUGUUGGAAAUAGUAAAUUAUCAUCAUUAUCACCUAGUGAUGUUGAGAUUGAUAAUAAUAAUAAAUCAAUAUUGGAUCGAUUGGAUACCACGGCCUUACGUAAUGCUUCAAACUUAGACAAGCAUGACAUGUCAACAGGUAAGCAAUUACCUUCUUUAAAUGAAUUAACUCCGUCACCUGGGUUUUUAGAGAAUAUAAACCAGUCAUCAAAUAAUAAUCCAUCGAUGUUAAAUUCUCAUAAUACAAAGAUCCUAGAAGAUUCUUUAUCGCCAUUAGUGAGAGCCACGGGUCUAAUUUUAGAUUCAAAUAUCCCAAUAGAUAAAUAUCAUCAACGUCAACAAACUACACCGAUUCCAGAUAAUCAUUUAAAGAACGAUAUUAUGACGAAUAACGUACCUAAUAUUAAUCUCCCUAGUGGGACAAGUCCAAGUAUAUCCAAUCAAAGCCCUCAACCUGUCUUGUCGGUGCCAGCUGCACCUUCACAUACACAAACAGAAUGGAAAUUUACAUUAAAGGAUAGAAAGGGAUUGUCAAUAUCAAAUGGUCUAAUCAAUAACAGUGAGCUUAUUCGAGAAUUAAUUGACCAAGCUAGAAAAUAUUCUUUAAAGAUAUCCGUCCAUCAACAUAUCCAUAAUCAUUAUGGUGUAAGUGGACUGCGUAAUAAUUUAAAUGGAAAGAUGUCAGAUCAAAACGCAUCGACUACAAGUAGUUCAAAUUCCAAAGGUCUUUCGCCGGCUUCCAUUGCAGAACUUUAUCAAAAUCCAUACAUUGUAAAAAGCACUGCAUCAUUACCAACUGAUGUUAUGCAUCAACUUGCCAUUGACCAAGACCCUAAUUUUCAUAUUCGUGAACAAAUAAAACAAACCCAUUCAAAUUUGGAAAGACAACGUGGGGUUGAUGAUAUCAAUUUCUUAACUAAAGCACAGAGUCCAAAUUAUCCUUCUUUAGAAUUCGAUCCUUCACCAAAUGUAGCCAAUAAAAAUAUUGGUGAUCAUCUUUUCUAUCCACACAUCAAGACAGUAUCUAAUCCGGCCAUAUUAACUGCUGAAAGUGCAGGAAGUAAUUCUACAAUAAAUUCGCCACAUUUCUCUAAUAUAGGAGUUACAAAUAGAGUUAGUCCACAUUCAAUAAAAUCAGAUGGAUCAAGCAGUAUUGCACAUACUACACCAGGUAGUCAUGGGACUGUAAAAUCUCAAACUAGUGAUAUCCCUGAUGUUGGCCCAAGUAGAUUUUCUCAUUUCAAUUACUUACCACCUACGAUUAGACCUCAGUUAGGUUCCUCAGAGACAGGAAACUCCGAUCUGAAUAAGAUAUUGAAUCCAUCUCCGUUAUCUUCUAGUGCUGGAAGAAGGAAAAGGUCUUUUAGCAGUAAACAUAAGCAUUCGAAAUUGAGAAAGAAGAGCAAGACAGCACAAACAGAUUCUGAAAAAACUAUAUCAGAAGGGAAAAGGCAUUCAAUUUCUAGAAGAUUAAGUAGGACCAAACAGGAUUAUUCAUCUGAUGAUGGUGUCGAUUUCUGGGAGAAAUUGCGAUCUUUAGAUAGACAUGGUAUUAAUGCAGAAUCUUCUACUAAUAGUUCUGUAGCGGGUACAUCGCCAGAGGACCGUGGAGUUACUCCCAAUGAAGAACAAGUGCCACCGUCUGAAGAAGAAGAUAGUGACGAUCCAUUUUAUUACUUAAACCCAAGUUAA